CCUCCUCCCCCUCUCUCCACGCCACCAGCCCCCUCCCCCCCCGUUCCCCAUACAACCUGCCUCUGCCGAAGAUGUCUUUCUUCGGCUUUGACACCACCCUGCCCAGGGACCGGGCUGCUCCUUCCGAGCGCCGGGGCAUUUUCGAGACCCCUGAUCCAUUCGCCGAGGUCGCUCGCGCCCGUCUUGUUCAAGGAUUCCGAGGCGGCGACGAGGAUGACGAUGCCAUUGAUUUCGAGGAUACCUACGAUGGCCUGGGCGAUCAGCUCGACGACGAUCAGGAUGCCUUCAACGACGACACCUUCGGCGACGACCUCGGCGCUCCUCCUGUCGGAAAAGACUUCGAUUUCUUUGGCAAGACCGCGCAGGUAGCCGAUGCCAUCGGGGAAGAGCAAAUACGCUACAGUCUCCAGAAGCCCAGAGCACCUGCUGGCGCCCCUGUCGCUGCAGACAUCAUCGCCGAUCCUGCUGUGAGUGCUGCGGCUGUGCAGCCGAAACGGACCGGUUAUGAGAAGUACUCGGAUCCCGGGUAUAUUCCGGAUCUUCAGGCCAAGUCAAGCGUCUGGGGCGUGCAAAAGAAACCGGAACCCACGCCAAUGAUGAUUGCACAGGCGCAGGCACAAGCUCAGGCACAAGCACAAGCCCAGGCUCAGGCUCAAGCGCAGGCUCAAGCGCAGGCUCAGGCGCAGGCUCAGGCUCAGGCGCAGGCUCAGGCGCAGGCACGGGCAAAGAAGAUGCUCAGCUUGGAGGAGGUAGAGGCGCAGUUGCGGCGAUACCCGUCGUCACUGCCUGGCCAGAUACCGGUGUCUCUCCCUCAGUCGAUGCCCGAGCCGUCCCACCCGCUUCAGCGAGCUCAGAUGCCUCCUCUGCCCGAAGGCUUCGCACAGCUGCCACCCGAGCUUCUGCACGCUCAGUUUGCUAAGGGUGUUCCGCCUCCGGCGCAGCUGUUGCACCAGCCGCCGAUGGUUCCUGAACCGUAUCCGCUUGCUCCGCAUGCCCCCAACAUGCCAAUGCACCUUCUGCAAAAUGCCAAUCUUCCCCCGCAGCACAUGGGGCCGCCUCAACGUCAGAUGAUACCACCGGGAGGUCCUCAAGCCCAGCAACAACAGCCUCCGCCGCCGUCCCAAAGCAUGCGGGCCAACAACGCCCAGCUACCCGUGAUCACCAAUCCUCAACAGUUGAUGCAUCUGUCGGAAGAGCAAAGAGUAGCAUACCUGAUGGAAGAUGCCAAGCGCGCCAAGCGAAAUCACAAGAUCUUCCUCCUCUCCAAGGGCAACGGUCUGAUGACUCCGCAAGACAAGAACUUCAUUACCCGUAUCCAGCUCCAGCAAUUGGUGGCUGCCGCAGGUAAUGUCGUGGACACGGAUUCCGAGGCUGUCUUGGCCGAGGACUUCUACUAUCAGGUCUACAGUCAGAUCCGCGGCGCUCCUCGGCAACACCCUCAUCAACCUCUCGGUCACUUUGCGCAGACGUAUCUCCUCCAGACUGGUAACCGCCUAGGUGGACACGGCAACCGGAGACAGUUCCAGAAUGCCGACAACCACAUGCAGAGAAUGCAACAGCAAGUCCAGCGGGCCGUGGAGGCUGCCAAGGCCAAGCCCAAGAACAAACAACUCAUCAUUGAAGGUAGCUUGGGCAAGAUCUCUUUCGGCAAUGCGAAGGCCCCGAAGCCCAUGCUCAACCUCAAGCGGCCCGAGAGCUCCGAGGGUGGCAAGUCGCUCAAGAAGCCUCAGACUGACCUGAGUCUGAGCGACCGGAAGUCUAUCCUGACCAACAUCGAGGGUGUCUACAGCACGUUGAUGGAAAUGGAAGAUAUGGAGCGCACCAUGCCUCCUCCGCCAGACGAGAAUGAUCCCGAGGCCAUUCAGAAGCAUCUGGAGUGGCGGCAAAAUGUUCGCUCGCUCAACCAGAAAUUGUGGCGCGAGCUCAAGGUUAUGGAGCCUAUUGUUCCCAACACUAACACGCCUCACCCGUUCAUCGCUUUCCUCUCGUACCCCAAGGGCAAGAAGGCCAUCCCCCGCAUCUUCCGUCACAUUGACCAGGAACAACGCGUCACAAUCCUUACCAUGAUCGUUGUCCACCUGGACACUUUGGACGUGGUCCGACGCGCACAGCUUAUGCCUGGUGAGACUCAGCCGUCUCCGGUUGUUCGCGAAGCCAUCGACCUCUUCUCUCAGACUGUCAUGCCCAGCCUCCUCGGCUACGUCAAUGAGGCCCCGUUCAAUAUCAUCAUUGGAUUGUUGGGACUUGUGAUUGCGCAGACUCAUGUUCAGCUGGUGGCCAAGACCAGGAUCGGCCUGGGAAUCCUUACCAUGCUUUUGAGUCGCGCCGAAAUCGUGAAGGAAGCCGACCAAGCUUCAGAGCGAGAUUGGCAGCAGUGGGUUGAGAAAUUUAACGUGCUAUUUGAUACUCUGGAACCCACAUUUGCCGAUAUCUUCCCCAGUUCCAUCAAUGCCGGUGACGACAUGUACGUUUGGCAAUUCUUGGCUGCCGUCGGUAUCGGCGCCAGCCCCGAUCAACAACAGCGCCUGGUUAUUGCCGUGAAGUAAGUUGAAGCUUUCCCCAUGACUCACCGAAUCGAUGCUUACUCUCUCCACAGGGAUCGUGUGAUGGAAACUGUUACGUACAGCAAGACGCUUCCUGCAGACAUGGCCAGCCAGCGUCUCGGAAACG